CUAUGAUUUCUUCAGGUUGGAAAAAUCCAUUAACAUGCCUUCUGCUCCAAGCAUAACAUCUUUUUCAUAUACAUCAACAUCGCCGUCAUCUGCAUCAUCAUUGUCGUCAGAAUCAGUAUCUUCCAAUACCACCACAUUCAUAAAUAACUGCUCGAAAAAAGACAAAAAAACUAGUGCAAUUAACAACAAUUGUAACAAUCAAACGACUUAUCUCCAACACAAUCAUCAAACCCCGCCAAGAUACAAUCACAAAAAAGACCAACAAAUGCUAAACUUUGAAGAAGUUUCGCACGAUAAGUUAAAAACCGAAACUCCUUCUUCAUCACCUAUACCACCAUCACAAACUAAACGACAAAUGCAACAAGUAAAAUCAAGUCACCAUGGGAAUGAGUGUAAUAAUACGCACAGAGAUUUGAAUCAUUGCGAAAGCGGAAACUGUUUGUGAAAACCAAUGUUGAUGAAUCACUGCACAAAGAAGAGGGAUCAAACUUAGCUCCAAGCACCUUCAGUAUCUAGAAGGAUCAAUUCCAGACGAUGAAAUACCGUCGCACGAUAGAACAUGUACGAAACAAUUAGAUCCCUCCUUUUUGGAUAAUUCAACGUUUAGCAAAGAAAUAAGUAACAAAUUUUUAUCACAAUUCAGGAAUGAGAUAACAAAUAAACC